GACUGGUAGGGCUUGGGACUAGAACAUGGCGGAUGACAUUGAGUGAAUUUGAUCAUAACCUUCUCUGCGCCAAAUUAUCGAAAAUCAGACUUAAAAGAUGGACGAAGAGGAAGAAGUAGAAGCAUUUGAAGUAACAGACAAUGAUAUCAGGCAAGCUGGCUUCUUGGGGCUUGGUUUUAGGCCGUACAAGUCGAGAGGGAGACUCAAAGAAGAAGCGACUUACGGCAUGUGGGCUGAGUAUGAUUCGGACGAUGAAUCAAGUUCUUCUGGAAGGAGAAAGAAGGAUUAUAGUAGGCCAUUGAACUUUAUAAGUGGUGGUGUUGUCCAGAAAGGAAAAAAAGAUGAUGAAGGUGGUGACAGUGAGAAUGACGAGGAAAGUGAGCAGUCCAGGAGACCUUACAAAAGUAAAAAGUUAUUCAAAGAAGAAGGACUUAAAUCAGUGAAUCCAGGCUUGGCAAGUUCAAAAGACUUUGCUAGAAGAAUGCAGGCAUCUGGAGGAAAACAAUUUGGUUCUUGGGAAAAGUAUACAAAAGGAUUUGGUAUGAAGAUGUUGCAAAAGAUGGGUUACCAACCAGGACAAGGUUUGGGAAAAGAAGGAAAAGGUAGAGUUCAACCUGUUGAAGCUUUUAAGAGAGAAGGUCGUGGGGCACUUGGCAUGUAUGGACCAGAAACAAAAACGAUACAACRUCAUUAUGAUGAAGAGGAAGAAGAGGAGAAGAAGUUCAAAGAACAGCUCCACCAGUGGAAGAAAUCACAGACUGGRAAAGCUUCUCCAAAAUACAUCUAUAAGACAGCUGAUGAAAUCAAGGCAACAGGAGUGGUGAAGAAAGGCCCUUCUGUUUCUAUAAAACACAGCAAAGUCAAGGUAGUGGACAUGACAGGACCAGAGGCUAAAAUCUUAACUGGAUAUGGUUCUCUAUCACAACAACAUGCUAAACCAGGAGAAAUGCUCACUUCAACUACAGUCGAAGAAGCUGAAGCAGCAUUUUCAAUGCCAGAACUGAUAUAUAAUCUGAACUUGUUGGUGGAAAUGACYGAACAGGAUAUCAUUCAAACUGAUAAACAGCUCCAUUUUGAGCAAGACAUGGUUUCUAACCUAAAAUAUGAGAGUGAACGUAAUAGUGAUAUAAUUGAACAAGAAGAAGARCAGAUCAAACGACUGACAGAAAUCAUUGAACUUAUUGAAAGUUGUAAUACGCUGUUGUCAACAGCUGAUCACAGUUACGAAUCUCUGAAAAAAUGUGAGGACAUAUUUAAGCGCCUGCAAGAUAAUUUCCAUGAGGAAUAUAUGAUGGAUGAAUUAUCUUCAUUAGCAGUUCCUCUAGUAUUUCCUUUGGUAAAGGAAUACCUCAGUAAGUGGAAUCCCAUUUUAAAYCCAGCAUUUGGUCUAGACGUAUUCAAACAGUGGAAGUACCUACUUCAGAAUGACAAACCAUCAGCAUUUAGCCUCACUCAAAACACACCUGUAGACACAAAUAACAUGGAUAUCUAUGACCAGCUUGUGUGGGAAGUAUGGAUGCCCUUUGUAAGGACAGCUGUCAGUAUUUGGAACACUCGCGACAGUGAACCAAUGGUACGAUUAAUAGARCUUUGGUCACCAUUGCUUUCGCCUUGGAUCAUUGAUAAUGUAAAAAAUUUGUUGAUACUUCCUCGUUUACAGACUGAGGUUGACUCAUGGAAUCCUCUAACAGAUGCAGUUCCAGUUCAUGCCUGGAUUCAUCCUUGGUUACCAGUCAUGGGGUCAUCUUUAGAACCUUUGUAUGCUCCAAUUCGCUAUAAAUUAUCUUCAGCUUUGACUAACUGGCAUCCAUCAGAUCCAUCAGCGAAAAUGAUUCUUGAGCCUUGGACAAAGGUAUUUUCCAAGGGCAGUAUGGAUGCCUUUGUGCUGCGUUCAGUAUACCCAAAACUAUCUCUWUGUUUAUCUGAGUUYGUUAUCAACCCUCAUCAACAACACCUGGAACCAUUCCUAUGGGUUCUGACUUGGAAAGACAUUAUCCCUAUACAGCAUUUUGUGAGUUUACUAGAGAAGCAUUUCUUUCCUAAGUGGUUUCAAGUUCUUCGUACUUGGCUGACAAACAAUCCUAAUUAUGAUGAAAUAACAAAAUGGUACAGAGGAUGGAAAACCAUGUUCAGUGAUGAAUUAUUAAAAAAUCAGGUUAUAAAAGCUCAGUUUAACAGAGCACUUGAUAUCAUGAAUCAAGCUGUGUCAUUACCAGGAGAGUAUCUUCAGCCUGGUGCCAGAGAGCACAUCGCUUACCUUACCAACACUGAGAGAAGGAAGGAAAUUGAAGCUGCAGAAGCUGAGAGACUCAGGGCUGAAUCUUCAAGACAUCAAUCAUCCAAUCAAAGUGUUCCAACUAACUUUAAAGAUCUUAUUCACAAAAUGGCAGAAGACAACAACCUUGUUUUUAUGCCAGUACCUAAUCGACGUUAUGAAGGCAAAGCCAUAUACACCUUUGGAAAAACCACCAUGUACAUUGAUCAGGGUGUAGUCUUUGURCAGACACAGAGUUCUUGGAAACCCAUUUCAUUGCAGGACUUAGUGAUCUUAGCUAAAUAAACACAGCAUGAUUGUAUACUGGCUACAGUAUUGAAAUAUUGUCAUCAACCCCCUCCCCUCCACAUUGAAAAUGCUCAUAACGCAAUAAUUUUAUGCAUAUCAUAUUUUGAUUGCCCAAACAAUGAAGUGUUGGCAGCUUGAAAAAAAAUUCAGCUAAAUGGAAUUAAUUGGCAUUAAACAUGACCAUCAGCCAACCAUUUUCAGGGCAAUACUUAGUAAUUGGCUCACAUUGUCUGAGUUUCUAUGGUCUCCUUCACAGUUCCURCAGCAUUUUCAAUUUCAGAAAGCUAUACUUGUAAAUUGAAGUCAGAUGGCUUGUGAGUAUGCAAUGAUAGAAACCUUUCUAGACAAUUAUUAUUCUGAAGAUGUAUCUAUCAUUGUAGACCCAUUAGGUCACCUUUUAUCAGAGUGAACAUAUAGUAAUAAUGGUUACAAGCCAUACAAUAAACAUUGCUUCAC